AUGCAGGAAGGGUACUUGAGGCCAUUUACAGUCUCCUACAAGAAGACCCUCCUUGGAAAGAUGAGCAUUGAACACAAUGGGUGCAGGACAGAUGACAGUCUUCAGUCAAGGGUUUUACAGAAGCAAGACUCUGCGGGAGAUGCUCUCCAUGAAUGUGACUCCCAGGGACCAAAUAGAGGCACCUGGGUUCGUGCAAGGCAGACCCUCUACAAAUGCAAAGAAUGCAGGAAAGUGUUUAACAAGAAUUGCCUCCUUGUUCGACAUCAGUGGAUUCACACUGGAGUGGAGCCUUACAAAUGCCAGGACUGUGGGAAAGCCUUUCGUGAAAAGAUAGACUUUGCUCGGCACAUGAGGAUUCAUGCUGGGGAGAAGCCUUAUAAGUGUAUGGUGUGUGGUAAGGUCUUCAGCCAUAGGUCACACCUCAUGUGCCACUAGCAGGCUCACACUGGUAAGAAGCCCUGUGAGUGCAGUGAAUGUGGGAAGACCUUCACCUACCACUCUGUGUUUUUCCGACAUAGUAUGACCUACACUGCACAAAAGCCCUAUGAGUGUAAAGAAUGUGGGAAAGGUUUUCGGUACAGCUAUUCCCUCACUAGGCACACAAGAAGUCACACCGGAGAGAUGCCCUAUGAGUGCAGUGAAUGUGGAAAGGCCUUUGCUUUGACUACCAUUCUGCUUUUGUCCAGCAUAAUAAGGUCCACACUAGAGAAAAGAACCUUUGAGAACAAGUAA